CGAGUUCGCAAGCAACACAGGAUCGUAAAUUCAUAAUGCCCCUCACCUACAAAACAACCCCACAUCACAGAAAGUGAGGUGACCAAAUUUUGAAUAUUUCAUCCCUUUUUGAUUACGAUCCCACUGCCUCAGACCGCAUCUUUGGAUAUUACCGUUUACGCAUUGGGCUGCAUGCGGCAAUGGCUUCCCACGACGGGAAUACCGUCUUUCUGACGGAGCAGGAGGCGGAGCGCAUCCGGACCACGGUCAAAGACAGACUGAAGAAAUGUGACGGACUCGUGGGCCAUGCGCGGGAGCCUAGAGACAAGAAAACCGCCAUUAGCAGUGCGACGGGUGCGGCCCUCAUGGCAGAUAUGGCCAACAUGGGGCCGUCAAAGGGGGCGACGAUGCCAGCCAUCGGGCUAGGGCAGCCAUAUCCGCCAUGCGUCACCCCAUUUAAAGACCUGCAACCAAUGAAGCUUAGCGACCUCCGAAUGGAAAGUCACCAUCGUGGCCAUCGGCUCACCGUGAAGCGCGCCAGUCCCGUGGUUAAACUCGCGGCCAGGUCAUGGACCAUGGUUCAGGACGAGGCGGGAGAGGAGGCUGAACGUCUCGAGCUGUGCUUGCAUAAGAUGAGACACGGCAAAGAGCUCUUGGAAUUAGCAGACUCUGCUUUCAUAAUCAAAGAGCCUUACUUCACUCUCACCGAUGAUGGUGAGCCCACCAUUCGGAUCGACCAUCCCUCAGACCUGGUUGUGGUGCCCGAGUCCGAGGCUUGGAGUAUCAACGGGACAAAUGGAGAGCCUACGGACGCUGCGGCAGCUGAGCAGAAGGCGAGAUCUUGCAAGGACCAAGGCAAUUCUGCCCUGGAAAAACUAAACUUUGCCCUGGCCCACGCAAGAUAUUCCGAGGGUCUAAGAGUUGCCCGGCAAGACAUUGUGUACAACACAAACCCGGACCUGGCCCGUGACCUCUCCCGCAAUCGCGCCCAUGUCAACCUCCUUCUCAGCCAACUAGACGAAGCCAAGGCGGAUGCAAAAGCUUCACUCAUCGGCAAGGAGGAUGAUCCGCGGUCCAGGGAGCUCGAUAUCAAGGCCUUCUUCCGUGCUGGGAUGGCGGCGUACCAUCUCGGCGACUAUCACGAGGCGAAGGAGUUGUUUGAACAACGACUAAAGCUCACGCUAGAUAUCAACCCGAAGGAAACACAGACGGUUCUACGGAGGAUCGUAACACACCUCGGCGAACAAACACAGGCGAUUCUACGGAGGAUCGAAACACGCCUCCGCGAACAAGAGGCAGGGACACACGACUUGAAGAAGAUUCGGGCGGGUCUCUCUCGAGCUCGUCCGCGGGUUGAGGCUGCAAGUUUCGUCGGCCAGACCGCUGUAAAAGACAGCCCGGGCCGGGGACGCGGCCUAUUCACAACCCGCGAUGUCGCAGCUGGGGAGAUAGUCAUGCUGGAGAAAGCUUUCUGUGUGGUGUGGGGCUUCGAAAGCGAUGCUCUGACAGCCAUCACGUACGACGUGCGAGACGACCGGAUUCGCGUAUCGCCGGCCGGUCUCACCAGAGCGGUGGUCCAAAAGCUGCUCAGCAACCCCUCGCAGAUCGAGAAGGUCAUGGAUAUGUACGGCGACUGGCAAGGCGACAGCAACACCAAGAAUGUCUUCAGUACUGACGACGGCCCGGUUGUCGACACCUUCCGGGUCCACGACAUCGUUUCUCGCAACGCCUUCGGACCGGGCAGCCAAUACGGCGAGAAAGGCGCGCAGGACGCCAGCACAGGGCUCUGGAUCCGGGCCGGGUACACCAACCACUCGUGCCUCGCCAACGUGCACAAGGAAUACGUCGGCGACCUGAUGGUGCUCCGCGCCACGCGGGCGAUCGCGGCCGGCGAGGAGAUCUUCCACAGCUACGACGAGUCGAGCGACUACGAAGCGCGGCAGAGGGCGCUGAUGCACACCUGGGGCUUCGAGUGCGAAUGCCCGCUGUGUGUCGUGGAAAAGGCCGAGGACCCGGCCGUGCGGAAGAAGCGGAGAGAGCUGGCGGCCGAGGCCGAUGCGUUUGUGCAGAAGGAGCCCUGGGCGAACGCAAAUCGGCGCAUCAUUGUCAGGGCGCAGCGGCUUGCGCGGGCAAUCGAGGAGACGUACGAUGGCGAGAAAUACAAGGGGCUCCCGCGGCUGGCGACGAAGAGCAUCCAGGAAUGGCUCGCCCACGCGACUGCGCGGCGAUAAAAUCGUCUCUGGCGUGAUGAUGGUUCGUGCUGGGAAGAUGUCCAUCCGGCGGGUCUCCAAAGAGGCAAAGCCAGUAAAAUAUACGAAGCGCGGUUGGAUGAUAGAGCUAUGAUGAACGAAGUCAUCUGGAGUUGUGCGGCAGUCAAUGACAGUUCAUGUCCCACCAGCAGCCAAGCAUCUUGGAACGAUGACCAUGGCACCUCCCGGAACCAUGCAUUUCGGGUGAUCGCCGACGAAGUACUUGACUCUCAGAACAUCCUGAGCUUCUUCCGUCGUCCAGGUGACC